ACUGAAACGUUUAAAUGUAUGUAGCGCCACGGUGCACGGGCUACAUGUAGGCUAUAACCAGGCUGUUCCCUAAUAAUUCCGAUUCCUGUGGCAGAAGAAGUAUAUGGGCUAUCACUGGAACCGGAUUAAAGGGUCAAAGAUGAAUACAUUCUUCACUGUUGUGACAGGAAAUACCCUGGAGUCUCAUGUUGAGAUUAACAGACGCCUCACCUCUAAAGGCCUGACUAAAGGGAGGUCAGCAGCAGAGUGUGAUGUCAUCAUUGCCUACUGUCCAAUCAUCUCUCGACUAGGGGCAGAUGUUGAGGCAGCAAUGAAAGAUAUUCCAGCUGGUAAACCAGUCAUCCUGGUGGUGCUGCAUCACACCUUUGAACCAGACUUCACUGUACCAGACAGCAGCAGACAUGUGUCUGGUCAAGUCAUUCACAUUGUGGACGUUCUGUUCCACAACACUAAAGGAGGACUCCUGAAGUGUUCUCACAAUGACAAAGCUGUUCGUGAUAUUCGUAACUUCAUCACUAAGUACCGGGCUCCAGUUCCAGCCUCAAACACAGCCUUAGCUCCAGACCCAAACACAAACCAGUCUCUAGCACCAGGCUCAAACACCGACCAGUCUCUAGCACCAGGCUCAAACACAGACCAGUCUCUAGCACCAGGCUCAAACACAGACCUUUCUCCAGCUUCCACCGCUACCUCACCCCCAGACCCAUCUCCAGCUCCAGUCCCAGCUUCAACGAAGCACCAAGACCCACCUGCUUCAGUUAAGACUUCAUGCAGUUGGUGUCCCCAUCUGUGUUGCUGCUGUCCUGGUUGUUGGUGGACCUCCAUACCAACCUCAAGAGUCAGUCCGAGUCCAGAUGAGACCUCCUGCUUGGUCAAUAGACAAGAUAAAAAAGUGAAAGCUCAGUUAGAUUCAGACAGAAGUUCAGACUCAACGGAUCAGGCUUGCUCUAAAGAAGGGUCAAGGAUGACGACAUUCUUCACUUUUGUACCAGAGAAAACUCUGGGGUCUCAUGUGGAGAUGAACAAAAUUCUUUCCUCAAGAGGCCUGACGGAAGUGAUGUCAGUAGCAGAGUGUGAUGUCAUCAUAGCUUACUGCACGGUCAGGUCUCGACUAGGGACUGAUGUUGACACUGCAAUGAAAGACACUCCAGCUGGUAAACCAGUCAUUCUGGUGGUGCUGCAUCACACCUUUAACCAAGACUACACUGUACCAGACAGCAGCAGGCAUGUGACCAGAAAUGAUGUCAUUCUCACAGUGGACUGUCUGUUCCACGAAAGCCAAGGAGGACUUCUGAAGUGUCCUUUAAAUGAAAAAUCUGUUGCUGCGAUAGUCAAGGAGCUCAAUGUGUGUUCAGAGCUUAAUCCUCAGGUCCAUCCUGUUCAGAAGAAAAAUAUUCCGCCUCUUUCAGCAUCAUACUCAUCCUUGACAAACGUCAUUGUACUGACACUGGUUGUCUUGGCCCUGGCCCUUGGCCAAGCUCUAGUUCAUUACCCAACUUCUAAAGAAGGUUGUCAAGAUCCAGACUCAGCUUCAGCUCAGACCGAGUUCCAGAAUCAACUCAAGACUCUGAUCCAGGCUUUGCUUCAGACUGAGCUCCAGACUAUACACCAGACUCAGAUCCAGAUCCAGACUGAGAUCCAGACUAUACACCAGACUCAGAUCCAGAUCCAGACUGAGAUCCAGACUAUACACCAGACUCAGAUCCAGAUCCAGACUGAGAUCCAGACUAUACACCAGACUCAGAUCCAGAUACAGACUGAGCUCAAGACUAUUUGUCAGACUCUAGGCCAGAUAUAUCCAGACUCUGUUCCAGAUUUUGUGCCAGAUCCAGCUCCAGACCCAGGUCAACACCCAUCUCAAGAGCCAGCUCAAGACCCAGCUCUAGACCCAGUUCUAGACCCAUCUCAAGACCCAUCUCAAGACCCAGCUCUAGACCCAGUUCUAGACCCAUCUCAAGACCCAGCUCAAGACCCAGCUCUAGACACAGAUCUAGACACAGAUCUAGACACAGCUCAUGACUCUCUAUGGAAACGUUUGUUUUUUUGGAAGUGAGACCAAAGGCCUUGUGUCCCUUGAUUAGAAUGAGAACAGGAUGGACUUGUUGUUUAAUAUCCUUAAAUAAAGCAUGUCAUAUUGUGUGACGUGUCAUUGAGUUUUAAUCUAUCUACACAGCAAAGUUGCAGGUUUGGUCCGCACUUCAAUCAAAUUCAAUGGAACGAGCUGUUCGCCAAACGGAAUGGCGGCUUGAGUUGUCCAGGAGACCGGGGUGGGAGUCUACCUGGCUGGGCGUGAGUGUUCCUGCUUCUCCUUCCCAGUUUACACCUGUCGGGGCCCGCUGCUGUUAACCAUAGCAUUGGUGACAGUCUACUAAUGUCCUCCUAGACAACGACAACCCUAACAAUUAGUGUCUCCUAUUGUCUUCAAGAACAUAGUUGGGGAGGUGAUGUGGGAUCAAAUGCGCACAGCCCUACUAGAGACACCCCCCAGGACCACACCUCGAUACGCUUACUAGGAGAAAGUGAAAGCUCUGACAGAACUGUGUGUGGGUUGAAAUUAAACAGAAUGCCAGAUUUACGGGACCAGACUUGUUCUAAAUGAGGGAGCUCAUUGCUGCACACCUAAUAUACAUCACCUCGAGCCUUCCUGCAUCAUUACAUUUGUCCAGGCUUCAGUAUGGAGAAAUUCUUCACUGUUCUGAUGGGGAAAACUCUGGAGUCUCAUGUGAAGAUGAACAACCGUCUCACUUCUGAGGGCCUGACUGAAGUGUGGUCACCAACAAAGUGUGAUUUCAUCAUGCUGUUUUGUGUUCCUGUCUGUGGUUUAGAAACAGAUAUUAAGAAAGCCCUGCAAGAUAUCCCCGGUAGUUAUUCUGACCUGUGAAGUCUUGUAUUUUUUAGAACAACUAGGGGGUAUUGAAAUGUAAACGUGUUGUUUCUUUCCUUUACCACUUCUCAUUCACUCGUCAGCCGGUAAACCAGUCAUUCUGGUGGUGCUGCAUCACAGCUUCAACCCAGACUACACUGUACCAAACAGCAGCAGACGUGUGACCAGCAGUGAUGUCAUUCUCACAGUGGACUGUCUGUUCCACGACAGCAGUGGAGGACUGCUGAAGUGUCCUUGGAACGAUAAAGCUGUUGAUGAGAUUCUGAACAUGCUGAAAAGAAAUCCUUGGGCACACACUGCGUGUGACCAAGACAACGGUUGUAAAGGGUCCAAGAUGGACACAUUCUUUUCUCUGGUUGUGGGUAAUCCUAUGGGAUGUUAUGUGGAGAUGAACAGACGUCUCACCUCAAGAGGCCUGACUGAAGUGUGGUCAGCUGCCAAGUGUGAUGUCAUCAUGGCUUACUGUCCAGUCACGUCUCGACUACAGACAGAUGUCGAGGGAGCUUUAAAAAAGUUUCCAGCCGGUAAACCAGUCAUCCUAGUGGUGUUGCAUCACUCAAUGAAGUCGGACUAUGAAGUACCUGACAGCAGCAAAUAUGUGACCAGUAGUGAUGUCAUCCUCACAGUGGACUGUCUGUUCCAUGAAAGCCGUAACGGGCUACUGAAGUG